AACGCUCCACGGGCACAGACGAACAUCCUCCCCACGCAUGCGCAUUCGCCACUCCUCCGCUGUGUAGGGAAACAUGGCGACGUCCCUGAUUUGCGGCUGCUUGACGGCUAGCCUCAGAAGUUCUGGGACUAGAAACACUAUCAGCACCGCGUCCAAGGUCCUCGGUGGCUCUGCAGGUCUGUUUGGAGGCCAUGUGUCCCAGCUGCAGCCCCCCCACGUCCAGCAGCAGCAAAGGAACCUCUCCCUGCACGAGUACAUGAGCAUCGGCCUUCUGAAAGAGGCCGGUAUCUCCGUACCCAGCGGUAUGGUGGCCAGCUCCGCAGAAGAAGCUUACAACGUGGCAAAGCAGAUUGGUUCCAAAGAUUUGGUGGUGAAAGCCCAGGUGCUGGCUGGGGGCAGAGGGAAGGGGACGUUUGAGGGCGGGCUGAAGGGGGGCGUGAGGAUCGUCUACUCGCCAGAGGAGGUCCGAGAAAUUUCAUCCCAGAUGAUCGGGCGAAAGCUGUUCACUAAGCAGACCGGAGAGGCGGGCCGAAUCUGCAACCAGGUGUUUGUGUGCGAGCGCAGGUAUCCACGCAGAGAGUACUACUUCGCCAUCACCAUGGAGAGGUCGUUUCAGGGUCCUGUGCUGAUCGGCAGCUCGCAGGGCGGGGUCAACAUUGAGGACGUAGCAGCAGAAAACCCAGACGCCAUCGUGAAGGAGCCUGUCGACAUUGUGGAGGGUAUAAAGAUGGAGCAGGCUGUCAAGGUGGCUCAGAAGAUGGGCUUUCCUCCGGCGCUGGUGAACGAGGCGGCGGAGAACAUGAUCAAGCUCUACAAUCUGUUCAUCAAGUACGACGCCUCCAUGGUGGAGAUCAACCCCAUGGUGGAGGACUCCUCUGGCAUCGUCAUGUGCAUGGAUGCAAAGAUCAACUUCGACUCCAACGCAGCGUAUCGACAGAAGAAGGUCUUUGAGAUGAGGGACUGGUCUCAGGAGGACCCCCGGGACCGGCAGGCCGCCACGGCCGACCUGAACUACAUCGGCUUGGACGGAACCAUCGGCUGUCUGGUGAACGGGGCGGGGCUGGCCAUGGCCACCAUGGACAUCAUCAAGCUGCACGGCGGCACUCCCGCGAACUUCUUAGACGUUGGGGGCGGAGCCACAGCUCAUCAGGUGACCGAGGCUUUCAAACUCAUCACCUCUGACAAGAAGGUUCAGGCCAUCCUGGUCAACAUCUUCGGAGGAAUCAUGAGGUGUGACGUCAUCGCCCAGGGCAUCAUCAUGGCCGUGAGAGACCUGGACCUCAAGAUCCCCAUAGUCGUACGGUUACAAGGCACGCGAGUGGACGAUGCCAAAGCUCUGAUCGCUGCCAGUCCAUUAAAGAUCUUGGCCUGUGAUGACCUGGAUGAAGCUGCCAAAAUGGUUGUAAAGCUUUCAGAAAUCGUCUCUUUGGCAAAGGAGGCUCAGGUGGACAUCACCUUCCAACUGCCCAUCUAGGCGCCUGACCUCCUCUCCUCCUAACACCGUUCCCCACAUCGCUCUUCUCUGCUCUCCAGCAGCAGGACUGAACUCUGAGGAAGAAGGAAGCUUCCUCUUCAUCAUCUGUUAGGCUUAACUCCUUUCAUUAUUUAUCUUCUACGUGACGCCCCCCCACAGGCUGUGUUGCACUUGAGCCGAUACGCACAAACGUUUCACCUCCUCUUCAUCCUGAGAGCAGGACUCGUGAUCAGUCUGUUUACUUCUUCACCUAUUUGGUUUAAAAGCAAAAACUCUCUCAAAGCUCUAAUAAAGACCAGCUCAGCAGCCGUC